AGUUAACCUUUAGCAAAUGCCAAUACUAUGAAACCUUCUGCAUCAAACACAGACAAAAUCCACCUGAACCCUAUCAGUCCAGUUAUAUCACAAGUUCACGUCGAUGAUCUCGGAAUCUCGUCGAUACUUUCAAACAAACAUGUCACCCUUAAUAUCGAUCAUGAAGUAGACAAGGACGAAGCCCUUAUCCUUGCUAUGGGUUAUAAGCAAGAAUUCAAAAGAGAGUUUUCUCUUUGGUCAGUAUUUGCUGUCAGUUUCUCGGUCUUGGGUUUACUUCCUUCCAUCGCCGCUUGUUUUGACUACCAACAAUUGGUCAUUGGUAUGUCUCCUAUUCCCUGGAUUAUUGCUGUUAUCUUUGUCACAUCAGUUGCUCUCAGUUUGGCAGAAGUCGCUUCGGCAUUCCCAGUUGCAUCCGGUACUCCAUACGCCGUAUCUCGAUUAGCCCCACCUAAAUACCAAUCAUUCUUGACCUGGAUCACAUGUUGGUCCAACUGGAUGUGUCAAAUCACCGCAUCUCCCUCGGUCAACUAUUCCGGUGCCUGCAUGAUGCUUGCCCUUAGAUCAUACAAUGAUCCUUCAUACACUCCUACCAACGGAGAAAUCUACGCUUUGACUCUUGGAAUCCAAAUUGUUCACGGUAUCAUCAGUUCCUUGCCCACUGGCUGGUUAGCAAAGUUUAAUUCUGCUGGUACCACCUGUAACAUUCUUUUCCUUUUCAUUGUGUUUGUUAUGAUUCUCGCCGGUAACAACCGUCAAGAACUCAACCCUGACAUAGAGGGAUUGACUAAAUUCAACGUUAAUGCCAUUUCCUGGUCAUUGUACAACCAAACUGAAUGGCCUACCGGUAUUGCUAUGCUUAUGUCUUUCUUGGGGGUUAUUUGGGCCAUGUCUGGUUACGACUCUCCAUUCCAUUUAUCAGAAGAAUGUUCCAAUGCUGCCGUGGCUGCUCCAAAGGCUAUUGUUUUGACUUCAACUGUUGGUGGUCUCAUUGGUUUCUUAUUUAUGAUUGCUAUCGCAUAUACUGUCGUUGACAUUGAUUUAAUUGCCCAAGAUCCACAAGGUUUGGGACAACCGUUUGUUACAUACUUGGCCCAAAUUAUGAAUGGGAAAUUGGUGAUUGCUGCUACCGCACUCACCAUUAUCUCAUCCUUCUUUAUGGGUUGUUCCUGUAUGCUUGCUGCAUCCAGAGUCACAUUCGCUUAUUCUAGAGAUGGAAUGUUCCCUGGAUCUAGAUGGUGGAAACAAGUUCUCCCACUCACUCAAACACCCGUCAAUGCCGUCUGGAUCAACUUGUUUCUUGGACAAUUGUUUUUGUUGUUGAUGUUUGCCGGUGAUGUUGCCAUUGGUGCCAUUUUCUCCGUCGGUGGUAUUGCUGGUUUCGUUUCCUUCACCAUGCCUACAUUGCUUAAAAUCACCUAUGCCAGAGACAAGUUUGUUCCGGGCCCAUGGAGUCUUGGUAAAUGGAGUUCUCCAAUUGGGUUCGUCUCCGUUGCAUUUGUGGCUGUCAUGAUUCCAAUCUUGUGUUUCCCAUAUGUGAGAGGUGCCGACUUGAACCCAGAAGAAAUGAACUGGACCGCAUUAGUAUUCUUUGGUCCACUUUUAUUGGCUACUAUUUGGUUUGUGGUUGAUGCUCACAAGUGGUACGUUGGUCCAAAGAGUAACUUGGACGAAUACAUUGAGUAUUCCGACCAAGAUGAAUUAGAGGGGAUCGAUGGUAAAGUUGAACAUGUCACAUCUAACGAAAAGAGUUAGGGUUUUUUAUUUAUAGGUUGUAGUAAUGAGUUUAAUGUAUAUUAAUAUUGGAAUACUU